AUGGACCUCCAAAAAGAGAGCGAUGUUCCCCCGAAGCAGCAGCAGCAACAGCAGCAGCAGCAGCAGCCAGCAACACGGCUGCUGCUCAGCAGCAGCAGCAGCAGAACAGUUUGUGGGAAGACCUUUGCUUUGGCACGCUCGCGCCCUGUUCAGCAGCAACAGCAGCACGUGAAACUGCAGCAGCAGCAGCACCUGCAGCAGGAGCAACACCAGCAGCACGCGCAGCAGCAGCAGCAACAACAACAACUGCAGCAGCAGCAACUGCAGCAGCAGCAACUGCAACUGCAGGAUCAGCACACAGUUCAAGAUGAAGGGGAUGAAGAGAGUCUCCUCUUUAGCCUGCAGCAAAAACGCAUGCAGCUACGGCAGCAGCAGCAGCAAAUUCUACAGAGGCUGGCUGCCAAUGAACCUCCGCACAACCAGCAGCAGCAGCAGCAACAGCAGCAGCAACAGCAGCAGCAGCGUCAUGCGGAAGGAGAUGCACUUCUCUAUUCCCCUGAACAAGAGCACUCGAGGGUGCUGCAGCUGCACGUACACCCCAACCUGCAGCAGCAGCACCAGAAGCAGUUGCAGCAGCAGCAGCAGCACCAGAAGCAGUUGCAGCAGCAGCAGGGGCAGCAGCACCAUCUAAGGAAGCGCGUGACGUCCAGCAGCAAAGACGACACGUGGGCUGCUUCCCAGGAGGAGGAUGAGCAGCAGCAGCAACAAGGGCAACAACAGCAGCACGAGAAGCAGCAGCAGCAAUGGGAGCAGCAAGACUGCUUGUUGCUGCAUCGACUGCGCAUGCAGCGGUUGCAGCUGCAGCAGCAGCAGCAGGAACUGCAGCAGCAACUGUCUAAGGAAGGCCCCCGGCAACUUGGCACUACUCAGCAGCAACAGCAGCAGCAGCAGAACGUGCAGCAGCAAAGGCAGCAGCAGCAGGAAAUUCAGCAGCUGCACCAGAUGGAGGACGGGGAGGCUAGCAGCAGGGGCCCCGUCAUGCAGCAACAGCUGCUGCAGCAGCGGAAGCAGCAGCAGCAUGAACAUCACCAACAGCAGCAGCUGCAACAACGAGAGGAGGCGCAGCAGCACAGCAGGGCGACCUCAAGACCUAGGGAGUUGCGGCAAACAGCUCUAAGACAGUCAGCAGCAGCAGCAGCAGCAGCAGCAGCAGCGGCGCCGCUACCAGAGCUGCGACGGGUGCAGCAGCAGCAACAGCAGCAGCAGCAGCUGUCAUUACGCGAUUGUCUGCCUUCACCCGAAAAACAGCAGCAGCAGCAGCAGCCGUUGCAGCAGCAGCGUAAGCAGCCACAGGACCUGCAGCAGCAGCAACCGCAGCAGCAGCAGCAAGGAAGAGUUGCUGCUGCUGCUAGCAGUGCGAAGCCCUGCAGCAGAAUUAUUUCGACUCGGCAGCAGCGCCCAGGUUCCUGCUUGUCUGUACACCAGGAGCUGCAGCUGCAGCAGCAGCAGCAGCAAAAACAGAGAGAAGAAAACUUAAAGAGACUCUCAGAACAGCGACGCAUGCGCCUUGCUCGUCAUCUGCAGCAGCAGUACCGCCGGCAGCAGCAGCAACAGCUCCAGCAGUGGCAGCAGCAGCAGCAACAGCUGAAGCAAGCGCAGCAGCAGCAGCAGCAGCAGCAGCUGAAGCAACAACAGCGAAUGCAGCAGCUGCAGCUCAGCUAUACGCAGACAGCAACGAGGUUGAGACCCAUCUCCAUGCAGCAGCAGCAGCAGCGGCAAAGACAGCAGCAGCAACUAGACGACCAGCAGCAGCAACGCGGGCACCAGAGGGCGCAGCAGCAGCAGCAGCAGCAGCAACGACAAGGGUUGCACCGACAGCUAUCUCAGCAGCACCUCUUCCACCCGCAGCGACCAGCAGUGAGCAGCAGCAACAGCAGCAGCAGCAACAGCGGCGGUGGAGGCGGUAGCAGCAGGAGUGGUGGCGGCGGCGGCAGCAGCAGCAGCAGCAGCAGCAGCAGCACAGCUCGCCGCAGCAAUAUUAACACGGCGCCGGUUCUGCUGUCUGCUGCGCAGCAGCAAAUGCAGCAUGAUGCUGCUGGUGCACUGCAGCGUUGCUGGAGAGGAUUGACAUGCUCAUGCUCUCUGGAGUUGUCAAUGUGUGCUGCAGCAUAUCAGCGCCGGAAAGCAGCCGCAGCAGCAGAAGCAGCAAGAGCAGCAGCAGCAGCAGCAGAAACGGCAGCAGCGGCUCGAGCAACAGCUGCAGCAAUAGCAACAACAACAGGAGCAGCAGCAGCAGCAGCCGCAGCUCCAGCGGCACUGCCAUCUGCACCAGAGCAGCAACUGCAGCAGCAGCAGAAGCUGCAGCAGCAGCAAGAAGGAGACAGCAAUGCAGCAGCAGCAGGAGACUCCCUUGACGCCCUCAUCCGCAAAACCACAUGGAAGCUGCAGCAGCACGUUUUGAAGCAGCAGCAAGAGAAGCAGCAAGGGCAGCAGCAGCAGCAGCAGCAGCAAGAGAAGCAGCAAGGGCAGCAGCAGCAGCAGCAGCAGCAAGAGCAGCAGCAGGUCAGAGAAGCUACAGGAGAUAGGGUUGUUCCUGCGGUGGCAGCAGCGGCAACAGCAGCAGCAGCACCUGGAGUGGAGGCUCAGCCAACUGAGUGCAUGCAGAGAGCAGCAGCAGCAGCAGGAGCAGGAGGAGGAGUAGCAGCAGACGCUGAAUGGAGCCUUGCACCAGAACCCAGCAGCAGCAGCAGCAGUAGCAGCAGCAGGAGCAGCAGCAGCAGCAGCAGCAACAGUAGCCCCGCUGCUUCUGCUGCUGCUAUGGAACUGCAGGCUGCGCAUGCAUAUAUAAGGAAGCAGCAAAAGCUGGAUCUGCUGCUGCAGCAGCUGCUGGCACUGAUGCAAGAGAAGCUUCCACCGCAGCAGCAGCAGCAGCAGCAGCAACGGCAGCAACAACCAUCACCGCCCCAGCAGCAGCAGCAACUGCACCAGCAGCAACAGCAGGAGCAGCGGCAACAGCAACAGCUGCAGCAGCAGCAACAGCCGGAGCAGCAACAGCAGGCAACGCUCCCGAUGCAGGAACCGCGUAACGCGCAGCAGCAGCUGCUACUGCCAGCCCUCCACUCCCCCGAGCAGCAGCAGCAGCAGUUGCUGCAGCAACAGCAGCUGGAGCAAUCGCAACAGCAGCAGCAGCUGCUGCAGCUGCUGCAGCAAAUGCAGCAGGCGAGUGCUGGCUACACUCCGCGUGCUCAGCUGUCGUCGCUGCUGCCGCUGCAGCACCGCAAGACAGAAAGCAAAGACAGCAAAUCAGCAGCAGCAGCAGCAGGGAUUUGCAACACCCCCCGUGAUAUAACGGAGCAGCAGCAGCAGCAGGAUGCAGCAGCAGCAGCAGCAGCAAGAGCUUGCCUCGCCUCACCGCGGUAUACCCUGGGAUCGCCUCGUGUGCUGCAGCAGCAGCAGCAGCAGCAGCAUCAUGACGCAGCAGCAGCAGCAGCAAGAGCUUACUUGGCUUCGCCGCGACACACCUUGGAGUCCCCUCGCCUGUCAGCAACCCUGCAGCAGCAGCAGCAGCAUCAGCAGCAGCUGUUGCUGCAGCAGGCCUUCAGCGCCGUCGCCAGCCCAAGAAGCCCUAGGCCCGCUCGAUUCCCUGCUGAGGCUGCAGCAGCUGCAGCAGCAGCAGCUGCUGCUGCUGCAGCGCAGCAACACAAGCUGCUGCGCGCAGCACCUGCAGAAGUAGAAAGCCUCGUGCAUGCAGUGGUGCAAGCUGUGCUGCAGCAGUUGCAUCCUGCUGCUGCUGCUACUGCUGCUGCUACUGCUGCCACUGCUGCUACCAGUGAGCGAGCUGCAGCUCCAAGACCAUCCGCAGACACAACAGCAGCAGCAGCAGCUGCUGCUGCUGCUGCAGCAGAACAAGCAGAUACAUCCCCUGUUGCUGCACCUGGCAGCAGCGACGAAGAGGACUCCGAUCGUUCGCCUUUCAGCGACCGCCCUACCCGCAGCAGCAGCAGCAGCAGCAGCAGAAGCAGCAGCAGCAGCAGCAGCAGCAGCGUAGUUCAUGUGCCUCGCUUUUCGAUAGAUCAGAUGAACAGAUGCCGAGAGCAGCAGCACCAAACCCUUAGAUCCUUUCCUCAUUCUCCUUUUGCUGCUGCAGCAGCAGCAGAACCAGCAGCAGCAGCAGCAGCAGAACCAGGAGCAAAGAGAGAAGCUGUCGCGGCUGCUGCAGAGGCCGCUGCAGCAGCAGCAUCAGCACCAGUGGCAAGAGAGGGAGAGGCUGUCGCGGAUCCAGCAGAGGCAGCAGCAGCAGCAGCAGCAGAAGAUGCAGCAGCAGCUGCGGAUGCUUCAGUGCCUGCAGCUAUUGACAGCAGCACAAAGUAUUCCCCUUCAGUGGCCUCGCCUUCUAUUUCCGCUGCUGCUGCUGCUGCAGCAACGGCAGCAACACCUAUGACAGCAGCAACAACGGCGCCCGCAAGCCAAUUGCCAGAAGCUGCAGCAGCAGCAGCUGCAGUAGCAGCUGCUGCUGCUGCUCCAGAAGAAGCAUCACCGACUGCAGGAGCUGGAACCUCCGUCCACGGGGCUGACGGCUCAGCAGCAGCAGAAGCAGCAGCAGCAACAGCAACAGCAACAGAAAGAGCAGAAGAACCAGCAGCGGUUGCAGCUGCAGCUGAGAGGGCGGCAAUGAGCACGACUGCGAAAGAGGCUGCAGCUGCUGUGCUGCAGCAGCCAGAACCCUGCGGCCUGCAGCAGCAGCAGCAGCAGAGACAGCAGCAGGACCUGCAGCAAGGGAAGCAGCAGCAGCAGCAGAAAGAGCUUGUAGAACACAUAGAGGGGCGGCGCGAAGAUGCCCAGCAGCAGCAGCAACUCCGGCAGCAGUUGCAGAACUAUCUGCAGCAGCAGCAGCAACUCCAGCAGCAACAGCAACAGCAGCAGCAGCAAGUUUGGGGUUUGCUGCAGGGAUUGCCUUCGCUGCAGCACCCAGCCGAGGCGCAUUGUGCAGACACCCCAGCGCCCUCUCCCCGUCGCCAGCGGUAUCACGCUGCUACUGCAGCAGCAGCAGCAGCAGCUGCUGCUGCUGUUCCCUCUCACCUGUUGGGGCAGCAAACUCCAGGCGCGCACGAGGCUGCUGCUGCUGCUGCCUCUGAAGAGGAAACGACAGCAGCAGAGGCCGCAGCAGCAGCUCCAGCAGCAGCAGCAGCAGCAGCAGUAGAUGCAACAAAACCGGUAGCAAUACCACAGGUAGCUAUUGCAGCAGUAACAGCAGCAGCAACGGCAGCAGCAACACCAGAAAGGGCUGCAAAGGAGGAGACGCUUCAUGCGGAGUUGGUGACAGAGAGACAGCAACAGCAGCAACAGCAGCAGCAACAGCAGCAGCUACCACGGCACGACACAGAAGAGCAGAAAGACGAACCGCAGCAGCAGCAGCAGCAGCAGGAGCUGCCAGGGGAGGAAGAUCGCAUGCAGCAUCAACAGCAGCAGCAGCAGGAGCAGCAACUGAUGCUGCAGAUUUCUGAAGAGCAACGGCUGAGAGAGCGGGAAGAGGCAGCAACUCAAGAGCAGCAGCAGCGGCAGCUGCAGCAGCAGCAGCAAAAAACGACAGAAGAACUCCGGCAGGAAGAUCAGCAGCUCGCGCGCCCAGCGGGUAAGCAGCAGCAGCAGCAACAGCCACAGCAGCAGCAGCAGCACUUGGUGCAGGAGGAGGAUUCUGAGGAGGCGCUGCAGCAGCAGCAGCAGCAGCAGCAGCUGCAGCUGCAGCAGCAGGAGCUUCUAGACCUCACGGCGAUGCACAUCGACUAUGCUGGCGGUUUGCUGCGGCUAGAAGAGCAGCAGCAAGACACAAGCCCAGAAGCAGCAUUGAAAGUCGCGUUGCUGCUGCUGCAGGAGAGAGGCAUUCUCGUCGCUGAUAAGGACACUGAGUUCGUGCGCUCGGCAGACAUCCGGCCGACUGAAGAACUCUACCGCAAAGUGCACGAGCGAGUCAACGCCCCUCGCUGCAGCUCGGAGGACGAUAGUGUGUUGGCUUUUCUUGCUGCUGCUCCAGCAGCAGCAGCAGCAGCAGCAGCGGCUGCAGCAGCACCGACCGCAGCAGUUGCAACAGAAGAAGCAGCAGCAGCAGCUUCUGCUCCUCCUCUUCCGAUCUCCGCCGAUUUUGUUGAGUUAAUUGCUGAUUUGAUGUUUGAGGUGGCUUUGCAUGCAGAGACAAGGCAUUCGCCCGGGGCGCCCGCCAGUGUGUUCUUUUCUGCUGUUCCGGAGCCGCGCAGCAAAAUGCUGCAGCAGCGGGCUGCCAAGCUGCAGCAGCAGCUAAACCCUAAAUCUCAGCAGCAAACUCCCAGGCCUCCCCACAUCACUUGGAAGGAUCUGCUGCACCAAGUAGUGCAGCGGGCUUCAGUUGGUUACUGCGGCGCGCUGCUGCUGCCAGAGGAGCAGCAGCGAGUGGAGCUGCUGCAGCGGCUGCCUUUCUUCAAGCCCACGAAGGAAACCUACGGAGGGUUUAGGGAAUGGGCGUUGGAAAUUGCUCUGAAACCCCGUAUGGCUGUUAUUGCUGCUGCUGCUGUUACUGCUGCUGCUGCUGCUGUUGUUGUUGCUGCUGCUGCUGCUGCAGGUGCAGCAGCAGACCUGACGACGAUUGCGUUUGAGCGGCAUGUGGGGCCGCAGCGGCUGCAGCAGCGGCUGCUGUCGCUUCCUUUUAAUGAAGUAGUUGCAAUAUACAGCCCCCAGGAAGAGCAGCAGCAACAGCAGCAGCAGCUAGAGCAGCAGCAACAGCCAGAGCAGCAGCAACUGGAGCAGCAACAGCAGCAGGAGCAGGAGCAGCAACCAAAGCAGCAACAGCAGCAGCAACUGGAGCAGCAGGAUGAUGGUAUUGAGACAUCAACGUCAGCAAGUGCAGCAGCAGCAGCCAGGAUGCAGCAGCAGGUGCAGAAGAAGAAAGAGGAAUUACAGCAGCAGCAAGAGGAGCAGCAAGAGCAGCAGCAACUGCAGCAGCAGCAGCAUAAAUGGAAAGAGCAGCCGUGGGAGGGCGGGAUACCUUCGCUCGAGGCUGGCAGUGCUGCUGCUGCUGUUGCUGCUACUGCUGCUGCUGCUGCUGCACGUGCCUCUAGCAGGUGCAGCAGCGUCAGCCUGAGCUCUCCUAGAGACGACAGCAGCAGCAUCAGCAGCAGCGGCGACGAAGCGCCUUCUUUCACUCGGGCUGCCUUACCAAGUCCCUGGCUACAGCAGCAGCAGCAGCAAGAGCAGCAGCAGCAGCAGCAAGAGCAGCGGCCGCAACAGCAGCAGCUGCUGCUGCAGCACCAACAGCAGGAUGCGCCGCUGCCCGCAGCAAGCCAUGAAUGCAGCAGCGACGAGGACCUGCUGCCAGUUAAGUGUCUUCCGUCUGCUGCUGGUGCAGCAGCAGCAGCAGCAGCAGCAGAAACUGCAGCAGCAACCGCUGCAACAGCAAACGCAGCAGCUGAGUGCACUGCUGCAGCAACUUCCCCAUCGCAGGGGGAGCAGCAGAGCAGCAGCUACUGCGUUUCUGCUGCUGCUGCCGCAGCAGCAGCAGCUGCCUCCUCCUAA